AUUAUCAAGUCUUAAAUUUUGCUAUGAUAGUGUCUUCUGCCCUUAUGAUAUGGAAAGGGCUGAUCGUCAUUACUGGAAGUGAAAGCCCUAUUGUUGUGGUGCUCAGUGGCAGCAUGGAACCAGCUUUUCACAGGGGAGACCUGUUGUUCUUAACAAAUUUCCAUGAUGACCCAAUCAGAGCUGGUGAAAUAGUUGUUUUUAAAGUUGAAGGCAGAGACAUUCCAAUAGUUCACAGAGUAAUCAAAAUACAUGAAAAAGAACAUGGGAACAUCAAAUUUCUGACUAAAGGUGAUAAUAAUGAAGUUGAUGAUAGAGGCUUGUACAAAGAAGGUCAGAAUUGGUUAGAGAAGAAAGAUGUUGUUGGAAGAGCAAGAGGAUUUUUGCCUUAUGUUGGUAUGGUAACUAUAAUAAUGAAUGACUAUCCAAAAUUUAAGUAUGCUCUUCUGGCAGUAAUGGGAGCAUAUGUACUGCUGAAACGUGAAUCCUAAAAAAAAAAAAUAAAGGUCACUUUUCCAACAACAAAGUUAAAUAUACGGGGAAAAAAACCUAAUAUAUUUAAGAUGUUUUCAUUUCUGUAUACAUUUACAAAACUGUGCAAGCUUUUGUCUUGUCUAAAUAAACUGUACAACUAAUGAGU